AUGAUGCUCGCAUCUAAAGUGUUAUACUUGACCUUCCUUCUGUUUAAUGUCUUGGGAGGCUGUACCCCGUUCGAUGACUAUCAAACACAAACUGCCGCGAUUCUCGAACUUCUUGGCAAGAAGGAAGCAAAUCGUUCACUUAUAAAAGUUGUUUCAGACUGUCUUGGAAAGACUUUUAAUAUAAAUGGCAAAUCUCAGGAUUUCCUCCGCUGUGUAAAUGACUCACUCCACACCGACGAACUCACUAAUUCAGAUGAUAUUAGGUUCAUUUUAGGAAAUUACGUCGUGAGAUCUUCCAUUCUACUCUAUAAAUGUUAUGCGAAAAAAAAUGACAUAAUUUAUUGUUUAAAGGUGUUUGGUGAUUGUUUACCAUUACUGAUGAGGAAUUUGUUUGGGUUUAGUGACUACACUAGAAGGUGUAGAAGGCUGGUUCAUAUGCCUCAUUAUGAUAAAGAUGAUGGAUAUUUGCAGGACGAAGAUGAUGAUUAUGACAAGGAAUACGAUCCAUAUGACGAUUACGAUGAUUAUGAAGAUUUUGACGAUGAGGAUCUGGGCGAUUAUGACUAUGAUGCUGACGAAGAAGAUGAUGGCGCGUUUAGUGAUUUCCCAAGUGAAAAAACUCAACACGAAGAUGACUCUAAUACCACUGUACAAUCUGACAUUACACACCAUGGUGUUACACAUGAUGAUACUACAGAGAAUAUUUUCAGUCGGGAUAGUCUUGAUAAAGAUGGUGAUACAAGUGAUUCUGUUCUAGUGUUGGACACAGACUCUGAAAUUUUCCAAGACGAAUAA